GCUGGGCUUGCAGCGGGGCCCGGGCACGAAGGGAGCGCCGCCGGCCAUGCCGCUCCGCCGGGCGCCGACGGGUGGCCCCCCCGGGCGGGGAACCCCGGGUCCCCCCAAGGGUCCCCCCGCCGCCGCCCGGAUGCUGCUCCCGCUGCUGCUGCUGCUGCUGCUGGUGGGCGCCCGGCCCGGGGCGCAGGCGACGAGCGUCAACAAACGUAGCCUGAAUCCCAACAGUUCUCUGUGGGAUCCGGAUUAUGAAGGACUGUUGCACAGUCAGAAAACCCUUCCCGGGACCGUGGGCUCGUACAAAGCCUCCAGCCUGCUCGGGAGCAGCUCCUUCCUGGGUCACCAGGGAAGGAGAAGUUUGCCAAGUCAGAAUCUGGGCCAGAAACCCCAAGAAAAGCAGUUGUCCUGUGACAUGCUCCUUAAACUUUCCAGAUAUAUUUUGAUGGACACCUUUGGACCUAGCUUGGCCUGGAAUCUCUUUCGGUUUUACAACUGUGGUCGAGAAGUCAACCUGCCCAAAAUUCACAUCAGUCGUCUCAAGGUGGCCCAGCACAAGGCGAAGCCGUUCUUGCUCCACAGGGUGCUUCGGCUCCUCAGGAAUAUGGGAGUGUUGUCUGAAGCUCAGCAGUCCAAGGCCUUCUCUCUGCUCAAGAAGCAAAUGCUUAAACCGAGGAAAACACCAUUAAAGCCCAAAGUGGAACAAAGUGGGCCCUGCCCGGAGGCCGCCCCGUACCUCGCCCCGUGGCGACCCGGCUCCGACACCCGCCGAGCCGCUGUGGUGGGCCGGGGGGUGGCCCUGCGCCUGGAGAGCUCCGCCGCCUUCCACUCCCUCGUCAUCCGCGACGGAGGGAGGCUGGUGUUCGCCGACCGCCCCCACGGGCCGCCCAUCACCCUGCGGGCCCGCUACAUCCUCAUCCACGACGGCGGGGAGCUGCACAUCGGCUCGGAGCGCUGCCCCUACGGCUCGCGGGCCACCAUCUCGCUGUACGGGCGAGCCGCCGAGGGGGCGGCAGUGGAGGGCUUCGGGCAGAAGUUCGUGGGCGUGGGUGGCGGCGGCGUGCUGGAGCUUCACGGCCGGCGGCCCCGCUCCUGGACCCUCCUGGACAAGACCCUCCACCCCGGCGGGCUCCGCCACGGCCCUUACUCCUCCGAGAAGCGGUGGGGCAGCCGCGGGCUCAACCUCCGCAUCCUGGACGCCGGUACGGGGCGGGUGGUGGCGGCGGGGCGCUUCGACACCCACCUGCAGCCCGGCGAGUGCCGGCGGCUGCUAGCCUUCCUGGCCCUCCAGCCCGCCGGCAGGCUGGUGGCGGCCGCCGUGGGGGACUCUGCCGCCCGCAGCCUCACGCUGGAGACGCGGCUGCUGCUGCGGGACCGCCUGGGCAGCAGGUUCAUCGCCCGCCUGGGCUACAGGCAGCCCUGGGCGCUGGUGGGGAUCCUCGGAGGGGAUCAGGGGUCCACAGCGGAAGAGAAGCGGGAUUAUCACGGGAAUGGAACAACGGGGUUAGCCGUAGCCCGACGAGAUUUCCUUACCUACGACGGCACCCGUUUUACUGUUACCGCUUUCAGUGGAUGGAUAAAAGGAGUGCCUCAUAAUGGAUUUAAAGUGGAAGUGUCCAAAGGAAUAAUUCUUCAUUUGGUGGAUGAGGUUACAAGUUGGUUACCUGGUGACCGGAUCGUCGUUGCCAGUACAGAUUAUUCUAUGCAUCAGGCUGAAGAGUUUAAUCUCCUUCCUUGCCCUGAAUGUAAAAGUAAUCAAGUGAAAAUCGAUGGCAGCCCACUUUAUCUUCAUAUUGGAGAAGUCAUAGACGGCGUCGAUAUGAGGGCAGAGGUUGGUCUUCUGACAAGAAAUAUACUUAUUCAAGGAGAAAUGGAAGACUCCUGUUAUGGACAAAAUCAAUGUCAGUUUUUCUCCUUUGACACAUUUGGAGGACAUAUUAAAAUCCUAAGGAAUUUUCGCUCUGUUCACAUGUCAGGAGUGGAAUUAAAAAACAUGGGGCAGCAGAUCCUGGGCAGUUACCCUGUGCAUUUUCACCUGGCUGAGGAUGUGGAUGAGAGAGGAGGCUACGAACGCCCGACCUACCUCGAUAACCUGUCUAUCCACCACUGCUUCUCUAGGUGUGUUGCCAUACAUGGAACUCAUGGCCUUCUGGUAAAAGACACCAUUGGCUAUGACACUCUGGGGCACUGCUUCUUCCUCGAAGACGGGACGGAGCAACGCAAUACGUUUUAUCACAACUUGGGCCUCCUCACGAGGUCAGGAACGAUCUUGCCUUCGGAUCGCAAUGAGGCCAUGUGCCUUGCCAUCCGCAGCCACGUCUAUGGGAACUACGUUCCUGUGCCGAGCACCGACUGCAUGGCUGUCAGCACAUUCUGGAUUGCAAAUCCGAACAACAACUUAAUAGAGAAUGCAGCAGCUGGUGCUCAGGAUGUCGGGAUAUGGUACAUCUUCCACCGGGUUCCCACUGGACAGUCCGAGGGGCAAUAUCCAGAGGGACAGGCUGAACAUACGCCCUUGGGAGUAUUUUACAACAACAGAGUCCACUCCAAUUUCAAGGCUGGUUUGUUUAUUGGAAAAGGAGUAAAGACAAUGAGAGCCAGCGCUGAAGAUCCCAGAGAGUAUCUCACUGUCGAUAAUGCCAGGUUUCGCCCACAUCAAGAUGCUGAUCCUGAAAAGCCGCGAGUUCCUGCCGUGAUUGAUGGUCUUAUUGCUUUUAAAAAUAAUGACCAUGGGGCCUGGGCCAGGGGCGGCGACAUUAUUUUCCGCAACUCGGGGUUUUCAGACAAUGGAAUUGGACUCACUCUGGCAAGCGAUGGAACUUUCCCGACAGACGAAGGCUCCAGCCUGGAGGUUACACGCUCCGUUUUUGUUGGAGAAAGCAGCAACUUUGGCUCCCAGGGAGGCCAAAACAGCUACUGGGGAAAAGGGGCAAAUGGAGAAUACAGAACACUGCCCAGAAACAAGACAUUCCCUAUACGUGGAUUCCAGAUUUAUGAUGGGCCUGUCAGGAUGGCAAAAUGCACUUUCAAGAAGUUCACCCCGACUGUUGACAGAUACUCAAGUGCCAUUGGGUUCUUCAUGAAAAACUCCUGGCAGAUAAGCCCCCAGAAUAACGUGUCACAGAUCCUGAUGGAGAAAAGUGUUGGACUCAAAGUGUUUUUUGGCAGAUCGGGAGAGUGGUUCGGAAACAAUGAUAAUGACGGUGACAAAAUGUCUGUCUUCCAUGACCUGGACGGCUCGGUGACAGGCUAUCCAGACACUUUCAUAGGCAGAGCGGACAACUACUUGCUGCGUCAUCCCGGGUGUCUCACCGUCCCGCGCUGGAACGGGGUGAUGUGUACCGGGAAAUUCGCACAGCUUUAUAUUCAGGCCAGGCGCCCUGAGAAUCUGACCUUAUCCAUUGCCAGAGCAGCAUACCAUUCCCAUCCCUUGCGGUUGCAAGGCGUGAACAGAGGAGCACCGUACCAGCAGUACCAGCCCGUCGUCAUGCUGGAGCAGGCUUAUAUCAUCCGGUGGGAUGGCAGAGCACCUGAGGACGUCAUCCUGUACCCCAUCAACUUCAACAGAGGAGACUGGCUGCGCGUUGCCCUCUGCUAUCCCAGGGAAGCUGUUUUCCAGGUGGUGGCUGAUAUCUACCAGCGCCGGACGGGGACGGUGCACAGCGUGAAGCACUACCUCGCCGCCGCUUCCCGGGCCAGUGCGCUCAACGGGACCGGCCAGCGGCUCUUCUUCUUCGACAGAGCAUCGGGGUACCUCUUUGUUCACCUGCAAGCCCACGAAGCUCGGAAGGGACACAGUUACUGCUCUCAGCAAGGCUGCGAACGUAUUAAAAUCACGGCGCAUAUGUACCCGGGGGACUCCUGGAGCUGUGACCCGAACCCCUUCCCGCAGAGGCCAGUGUCUGCCCAGCGCCCCGUGUCCCAGCACCUGGCAGGGGGGUGCCAGGUGUGUGGGGCCCCGCAGCUCGCUAUCACCAGCACACCCUCAGUCAAGUACGUAAGGAUCCAGAUCCAGUCUCUCAGCAGGGCAGACGUACAAAACCGCUCGACAUCUGCAUUCAUUAAGGUAAAUGACACGGUUUUCCUCUUCGAUAGCCGUGGGAUAUUCUUCCUGGUGCUGGAUGCAUGUUCAGGAGCAGUCGUGAGUAGGUGGCACUUUGACACAGUCACUGGUGAAAACGCCGCCAGUGCAGUAGCUGAUUAUGUUCUAACGGUUAUAAAAGAGAGAUCACUUGUUCUCGUCUGCUCUCGGGAUAUUGCGGAGGUGGUGGGGAGCUCUGAAAUGUCUGUUUUUACCAGGUUAGGUUCAGCAAAGCCUAUUGUCUUCCAUAAGGAAGGGAGUUUUGCCAUGCUCGGCUAUAAAGGACAAGCCAAACCCUCCUGGAUUAAAGUCCUUAAUCAUGCUGGUUAUCAGAAAGCUGCUUCUCUACAGCAUUAUGUUCCCUUGAGGCUGAAAGAAUACCAAUGUCCAGCUGAUGCCGACGAGUCGCUAAAAUUCGCUUUUUCUCAGAACCGCUGGGAGCACAUCUCUGCAGAGCCCGCGGCGCCCCGGGAUUAGCAUCCCUGGGGUAACACCAGCCAGGCAGAGCCUGCCGCUGUCACCAAAACCAGCUCUUGUUUCUACGGGAUUGUACCAAACCGAUGGGGUUCACUUGUAUAUUUGAUAACUAAUAAAUAUAUUCUCAUCUUACCCACUGUGGCAGAGCUUUUAUUUUUCAAGCAGUGCCUCGCAGGGCAGGAUAGGAAAAGCCUGUGGGCUGCCCUUCCCAGGGGGAAGUGUUUCAAAAUGUCUACGAUUUGGUAUCAAAAGGUAAGUUUCAAAGGCAAAAACCUGCUCUCUGAUAUCACAGGGGCUGGAAAUGAAAUUUGGCGUGGAAACUUUAGCAACGUCCAGGGAAACAGAUGAACUUCAGCAGAGGUAGGAACCUCUCCCUUCAGUGCUGUUCUCCCUCCAUUCGUGUCUGCUUUUAAAAAACCUACGUGUCCAUCUGCAGUGGCGUCUUAGUGAACUCAGUGACGCCUGCUUGGUAAGCAUGCAGUGAUCUUAUGAUGAUAUCUUCCAAUCAAACUGAAUAUAUAGGGUGCAACAAGGAGUUAUAAAUGUGUUUCUGUCUGUAGCUAAUGACUGGUGAAAUGGUGUUUGUCCAACUGAUGUGAACAUUUAAUUAAAGACCUACAGGAAUAAAACCCAGGAUAAAGUAUGUGCUGCCUAGGGUAAAGUCUCGCGUUCCUUUCAGACAAUGCUCAUAUUGACUUUCUGCUCCCAUUGAGGACUGAAAUACUGCCAGUGUUAGCGGCUAAUUCUCUUUGAUUUUUUUGUUUAUGCUGCUGCUUUUUGAAGUAAAGACAGAAACAGAGCUUUGUGUGCAAACUGAGAAACAACUGCUGACCUCACUGACUACAGUUUAAGUACAAAGCCAUCCUGAAGUGACGACAGACUCAUUUUGGUUUGAACAUGAUGUGACUGGGUGACAGCAGGGAAGGGAAGGGCGAUUUCAGGCUAUCCAUGCCUUUGUCACACGGAUUACUCAAACAGGUAGGUGAAGGCUUUGUUACUAACGUCCCGUCGUUUCUUUGAAAUUCUCAGAAAUGGCCAAACAAGUCACUACAGGGAAAGGUUAGUGUUUUGUUGGCCAGACUUUUGCUCCCUGGUGAGUUAGUCGCUCUGGCAUCCGCGCGCCGGCCAGCUGAUAUUGUGCCUCUGAGCGGGGACUGACCUCCUUGGCUGGGACACUUGCCUCCACCAGACAGAUACCGCCCGGUGGUCCUUGGACGUGGGGUGAGAGGACACCUGAAAGAUUUACAGGCAGAGGAGGAAGCCGUGGCUCCAUCCCCACACCAGGUAGGAGAGGUGCGAGUCGGGUUUGGCCAGGGGAGAGGUCCUGAAUGGCUGGAAAGUGUGAAGAAAUCACUGAUGCUGCUCAGCAAAGGUAGCACAGAGAGUGAUGCACAGGACAUCAUGGGCCUGAGCCAGCCCCCACGGGGAAUGAUGGAGUCUGAUGUUCUCGGUGGAGAUGAGAAGUGGUACGAGGGCCUGAGCGGCUGGGACUGACCCUCCGAGGAGCUCUCUGAAGUCCUUUUGAACUCCUGUUAGUACCUAAUUGUUAUGAUUUCUGAGGCUGCGCAGGGCAAGAAAAGCAAGAUGUUUUUGGCUUGUGAGCGUAAGCCCAACAUAGGAACAAGCACUUACAGAGCAAGCUUUUAGCUUCUUGGAGAUUUAUUUGAUAAUCUGUGACAGGUCCAGACCCUGGAUCCCAAUAAAACUUUGCAGAGCUCUAACCCCAGGGUGAGACUAAACAACUGGCAAAGGAAGAGCCUAGCGAAGGAAAGAGAGGAAUGUGCCUAAGCCUCUGAAAAAUCUGUAUUUCUCCUCCCGCCCCAGAAGGAGAGCAAAUGGCAAAUGUCCUGGAGAGGAAGGCAUGGAGCCGUGGGCGAGCCAGAUGCAAACACUAAAGUACCACAAAAGCAAAAAGAAAAAUAUUUACAUCCUGAUGCAGCUAUUUGGGUAGUUAAAAGCAGCAGUUUGAAGAGGAUUGAGGAUGCUGUGAUCCUCUUCAGCCACUGCACACACUUUCCUUACCUGGGGAGGGAAAAAAGGCUUCAAAACCAGAGACGCUCUGCAGAGGGUACAGCUCCUCCACGGACCCUUGGGGACAUUCAAGACGAUGUUUUCCAAGGCUACUGCUAACCUGGCAUGCACCGCAGGCCCGGGUGUGUGAAGCUGCGGGGGGGUAAGUGUCGCGUGGGCGUUGUGUUGGUGGGAAGCUGUCAUAUUCCUCCCCAGGGAAUUUCCUGAGCAGGAGGAUCUCCACCUGCAUGCUGGAGGCCACACGGACUCUGCAUGUCCACAAGGACAUCCGGGCACGUUCCAUACAUCUAAAGCAGGCAGGACACACAGCUGUCCUGGUUAUCCCCAGGGUGUUUCCGCAGUGGGAACACCGCAGCUCUGGCACUCCCCGGAAGCAUUAGCUUGGCUAUACCUUGAGUUGCUGUCAGCAGGCACAGCACAUUCAGUGCACCCUCAGCCUCCGAAAAUGGGGCUUGGCUUCCCACCACUUUGAUGCUUUCAAAACUUGGUGCGGUGGAUGAGGGUUUAAUUCAGUGAAAUGCUGAGCGCUUCAAAAGCAUGUGAAACUGGGAGCCAGGCAGCCUCGGAUGGGUGGAGUGAUGUGCAAA